AAGGCCUUGCUCUGCUGCUAGCACCACUGCCCUCAGCAUCCACCAUGGCAUUCAAUGGGACCUGGCAGGUCUAUGCUCAGGAGAACCUUGAAGCCUUCCUGAAAGUUCUUGCACUGCCAGAUGACAUUAUCAAAAUGGCCAAAGACAUUAAGCCCAUUGUAGAAAUACAACAGAAAGGAAAUGACUUUGUUGUGACAUCCAAAACACCCAAACAAUCUGUAACCAACUCCUUCACGCUGGGCAAAGAGGCAGAGAUCACAACUCUGGACGGCAGGAAGAUGAAGUGCACUGUGAACAUGGUAGAUGGGAAGCUUGUCUCCAAGUCAGACAAAUUUUCUCAUGAGCAAGAAGUUAAAGGAAAUGAAAUGGUGGAGACUAUGACUGUGGGUGGAGUAACACUGGUCAGAAGAAGCAAGAAAGUUUGAAGACAGCUCACCUUUCUUGUAC